AUGGCUUAUUCUAUAAUCGACCUCAAUGCUGAAGAAGCUUCUUUUCAACAAGAAAUAGCCUCCAUCGAGAAAUGGUGGUCUGAACCUCGCUGGAACAAAACAACGCGUAUUUAUUCUCCCCAAGAAGUCGCUGCUAAACGUGGUAGUAUUAAGAUCCAUUAUCCUUCAUCGGACCAGGCUGACAAACUUUUCAAGUUACUUUCCGAACAUGAUCGUAACAAGACCUCAAGUGUGACCUUUGGUGCUCUUGACCCCAUCCACGUUGCCCAAAUGGCAAAGUACUUGGAUACAGUUUAUGUUUCUGGCUGGCAAUGCUCUUCCACCGCUGCCACUUCCAAUGAACCUGGCCCAGAUUUGGCUGAUUACCCUAUGGAUACCGUUCCAAACAAGGUUGAACAUUUAUGGUUUGCUCAAUUAUUCCACGAUAGAAAGCAACGUGAAGAACGUUUCAGAUUAUCCAAAGAAGAACGUAAAAACACUCCUUACACGGAUUUUCUCAGACCAAUCGUUGCCGAUGCGGAUACUGGUCACGGAGGAAUCACCGCAAUCAUCAAACUUGUCAAAAUGUUCAUUGAACGUGGUGCUGCUGGUGUUCAUAUCGAAGAUCAAGCUCCAGGUACCAAGAAAUGUGGCCAUAUGGCUGGGAAAGUGUUAGUGCCAAUUCAAGAACACAUUAACAGAUUGGUUGCUAUCAGAGCUUCUGCUGACAUGAUGGGUUCUAAUUUGCUUGCCGUUGCCAGAACCGAUUCUGAAGCCGCAACUUUGUUGACCAGUACCAUCGACCCUCGUGAUCACUACUUUAUUUUAGGUGUCACCAAUCCAGAAGUUCCUGAUUUGCAUUCAGUUUUGCUUGAAGCUGAAGGACAUGGAAUGAGUGGCGAUGAGAUUGCCAAUAUUGAAGCUAGCUGGUUACAAAAAGCCCAAUUGAAAUUAUUUGACGAGGCGGUGAUUGAUGAGAUCAAUGCUGGUACCUAUUCAAAUAAGUCACAACUUAUUAGCGAAUUCAAGUCUAAGGUUCAUGCAUUGAGCGGAACCUCGAACAAGGACGCCCGGGCUUUAGCUAAAAAACUUCUUGGGAAAGAAAUUUAUUUCAACUGGGAAUCACCAAGGGUCAGGGAAGGUUAUUACCGUAUUCGCGGGGGUACUCAAUGUGCCGUGAAUCGUGGUAGAGCAUUUGCUCCAUAUGCUGAUUUGAUUUGGAUGGAAUCUAAAUUGCCAGACUAUGCACAGGCUCAAGAAUUUGCCCAAGGAAUCAAGGAAGCAUACCCAGAUCAAUGGCUUGCUUAUAACUUGUCUCCUUCCUUCAAUUGGAACUUGGCCAUGACCGCUGCCGAUCAAGAAACUUAUAUAAAAAGAUUGAGCAAAUUGGGAUACGUGUGGCAAUUUAUCACUUUGGCAGGUUUACACACUACAGCAUUGGCAGUUGAUAAUUUUGCCAGAGACUUUGCCAAGUUUGGAAUGAAGGCUUAUGGUCAAAACGUUCAAGCGAAAGAAAUUGAAUCAGGGGUUGAAGUGGUGAAACAUCAAAAAUGGUCUGGAGCUGAAUUGAUUGAUAAUAUUUUGAAGAUGACCAGUGGUGGGGUUAGUAGUACUGCAGCAAUGGGUGAAGGGGUGACUGAAGACCAAUUCAAGAGCUCAAAGUUGUGA